CAAUGCAACUCGGCCUCCAAGGUAUCUUCUUCUUCACCACAUGGCCAUAUUUUUCAGGUCUUGAUAUUGUUUUUAAUCUUAAAUUAAUCUUCUGCAAGUUUUUGUUCUUUUUUACUUUGACAACAAAUGAAAGUCAAAGUUCUUUCAAGAAAUCCGGAUGAUUAUGUUCGGGAGACUAAACAUGAUAUUCAGCGUGUCCCCAGGAACUAUGAUCCCACCCUUCAUCCCUUUGAGGUCGGCAGAGAGUACACACGGGCUUUAAAUGCCACAAAGUUAGAGAGAGUCUUUGCCAAGCCUUUCCUGGCUUCCCUGGAUGGUCAUAGAGAUGGGGUGAACUGUAUGGCUAAGCACACGACGAGUCUCUCCACCCUCCUGUCUGGCUCCUGUGAUGGCGAGGUAAAAGUUUGGAACCUUACCAAACACGAAUGUGUCCGCACUCUCCAAGCACAUGAAGGUUUUGUGCGGGGAAUGGUUGUCAGAUACUGUGGAACUUCCUUCUUUACGGUAGGCGAUGACAAAACAAUCAAGCAGUGGAAAAUGAAGGCACCGGGGUAUGGAGAGGAAGAGGAGCCACUUAACACGAUCCUGGGCAAGACUGUUUUCACAGGACUGGACCAUCACAGAAAAGAAGGUGUGUUUGCAACAUGUGGCCAGCAGGUGGACAUCUGGGAUGAGCAGAGAAGCACCCCGAUUCGCUCCUUUACCUGGGGUGUAGACAGCUUCAGCUCGGUCCGCUUCAACCCUGUGGAGACAGAACUUCUUGGAAGCUGUGCCUCUGACAGAAGUAUCGUUUUGUAUGACAUGAGAGAGUCGGCACCACUUAAAAAGGUUAUUAUGAGAAUGAGGACAAAUACAUUAUGCUGGAACCCCAUGGAAGCCUUUUACUUUACAUGUGCAAAUGAAGACUACAACCUGUACACAUAUGAUAUGAGGUACCUGGAGAAGCCCAUCGCAGUACACAUGGACCACGUCUCUGCAGUACUAGAUGUCGAUUAUUCUCCCACGGGGCAGGAGUUUGUGUCUGCCAGUUUUGACAAAACUAUUCGCAUCUUUCCCAGGAAUGGUGGACACAGCAGGGAAGUCUACCAUACCAAGCGCAUGCAGCACGUGAUCUGCGUAAAGUGGUCGGCAGACAGCAAGUAUAUCCUGAGCGGUUCUGAUGAAAUGAAUAUCCGACUGUGGAAAGCCAAAGCAGCAGAGAAACUAGGACUGCUGUCCCCCAGAGAGAAGGAGGCCAUCAACUACAAUGAGAAGCUGAAGGAGAAGUUUCAGCACCACCCACAAAUCAGGCGCAUCGCUUGUCACCGACAUCUACCCAAGAACAUCCAUCAUCAGAGCAAGGAGCUGAGGAUCAUGAAGGAGGCUCGCCGUCGAAAGGAGAUAAACGUCCGCAAGCACAGCAAAGCAGGAGCUGUUCCUGUGGUGUCUGAGAAGGAGAAGCAUGUUGUUACCGUGGUGAAAUAGACCCAGCAGGGGAGGAGAUCAGAGGACUCGAAGACUGCCAAUACAUAAGGAGAUGGAAACUAAGAUCAUACCCAUGUGGAGGACUGUUCAGACCACUCUCUCAAAGGACUGAAAAAAAGUUUAUGGAAAGAAAAUGCGAUUGUUUACACAGAACUGGAAUUACAAACCCAUUCUGUUAAUAAAUCAUAACUCAACCUACUGCCACUUGGUUUAAUAGCAGUUGUACUUUUUCACUCCGUUAUUAAACGUUUACUCAUUUAGAAGCUGAUCACUCAUGUUGCUUUGUGCAAGUUUAAUUCUUUUUUCUUUCUUUUUAAGAUUAAAGCAACAACCAGUGUUUCACAUUA